CAAUCUAUGGGCAACAGUAGUAACGGUGACCCAGCUGUUGGCGGGCGCAGCAGAGUUCUGAAGGAGAUGGGAUUCACGCUACUCAUACGCAGAGUGCUAGAUGAGACUGAAUCGCUGGAUGUUAAAGAGAGAGGAAGCAUUGCACUGACAAACCUCGAGAGAUAAAAGUCCGUAUAUAGUAAACUGUUCAACAUGGCACUUCUUUCGUGCGCGUACCAAGUAGAGCCAACCCUCUGCGACGAAAAUGAAAUGGGCCUACUUUUCCAAACAGAGCAUCCCUUCUGGGGAAGCUGGUUUAAACCCAGAGAGACCAGUAGUGAUGGCGUAUGAACUGAGUGAUAACCAGGUGUUAGGCAUUGGUCUUACAACUUUUGUUGUUGCGGCCCUGGGCUACUACCUGUUGCUGAAAACUGGUGGAACUGACAAGAAGCCCGUUGCGCUGUCGCAGUACCAUAUCUGUAAGAACCAGCUGGAGAGUGUAUCGUCCAAGAUGGAGCAAGGCUUGGUGAAACAGAUUGACACUUAUUACGAUGAGUUUGAGGGCUUGAAGGAUGAGGACAAGCAGUACAAGCUGAACUACUUCCAGGAGGAGCUGCUGAAGGAGCUGAUCAAGCUCGACGACGUCGACCUCACGGAGCUGUCGGACAGCGACGAACGCCAGGAGCUCAAGCUGCAGAGGAAGCAGUACAUCAAGAGAAUCCAGGGCCUGCUCAAGGACCUGGACGACUGGAAGCCAAAGGUUCGUGUAUAGAGCUUCCCCAAAUAGUACAACCACGUGACCACACCCGUACACCAGAGUAGGUGUCGUGGUGUCCCCGGACCAAAUCGUA